AUGUUUCUUCUGAAGUGGACACUUUUACGCCAUUGGGCAAUAGGAGUUUUUCUUUUAAGCUGCAUAAUUCAUUGUGAUGCCUGUUCUUCUCCGUAUCAUUGUGCUGCCAAUCGACUUUGUUUGAAAGUGGCUAAAAUUGGAAAAAAUGAUUUAAGAACUCCAUGCAAGGCGAAUGAAAUCUGUUGUGAAUACUCAAAUAUUACUAAUGAGAGGAACUCAAGACCCGGCCAAUUUCCCUGGACGAUCGCUCUAUUCAGCGAUGGAAAAUUCUUUGGAGGCGGAUCCCUCAUUGCGCCACGAGUUGUUCUUACAGUAGCUCACUCCAUAAGGCUUAAGUCAGAGGCUAAUAUUAUGGUGAGAGCUGGCGAAUGGGAUUUAGCAUCCGCAUCGGAACCGUUUUCGCAUGAGGAUAGAUAUGUGGCCAAAAUCGUUCGACAUAAAGAGUUUGUACAAUCUACUGGGGCCAACGAUAUAGCCCUUCUGUACCUCACUUCGCCGUUCGAGUUGAAGGACCACAUCCAGACCAUCUGUUUGCCCCACCAAGGAAAGGUCUUCCUGCAAGAUCGCUGUCUGGUUGCCGGAUGGGGAAAGCAAUCGUUCGAGGCUCCACAGUUUUCGCAAGUGCAAAAGAAAAUCGAUUUACCGAUGGUGGACAGAGGGCAAUGCCAAAACCUCUUGAGGACCCGCCUUGGCCCCACCUUUGAGUUGGCCAGCAGCCUAAUCUGUGCCGGCGGAGAGAAGGACAAUGAUGCCUGUACCGGCGAUGGAGGAUCCGCCCUGUUCUGCCCACUGGGCGUACACGACAAUCGCUACUUGCAGGCUGGCAUCGUCAACUGGGGCGUCGAGUGUGGCAAGGAAAAUGUUCCAGCAGUUUUCACAAGUGUGGCCAUUUUCAGAGAUUGGAUUGACCAAAGCCUGGCAGUGAACUCAGUGGAACCCCUUACGAACUGCGCUCUUGUCGGUCCAAGAAUCGUCGGGUAA